AUGGAAAAGAGAAGCCAAGAGUCAGUAAGGGCUUAUGCGCAAAGAUGGAGGGAUGAGGCAACACAUGUACAACCCCCUUUGAUAGAGACAGAGAUGGUGACUUUGUUCGCCAAUACGUUCAAGGCACCUUACUACGAGCAUUUAAUGGGUAGCUCAUCUCAACAUUUCUAUGAUGUUGUACGUGUGGCAGAAAGAAAAGAGCAAGGGAUUAAAGCAGGGCGCAUAGUGGAGCCUUUAGAGAAGAAAGGUUUUAUUGGAAGAAAAAGGGAAGGUGAUGUUAACAACUUGGAAGGCGGGUACAAAGGCAAAAAAGUAAAUUACCAAAACCCACAAAUGCCUACCCAUCAAUUCGCUAACAUGAACUUUACCAAACCUUUUAACACCAAUCGAACAAAUCCCCAGCCAAACAACCAAAACAACCACCAAAGGCCAUAUGCAGGAUACACUUCGGAGCAGCUGCCUCCAUUACCCAUGCCUUUAAAAGACUUGUACGCUAAAUUGCUAAGCAUUGGGCACAUAGCUCCAAUCCUUCUACCGCCAAUCCAACCGUCUUUUCCCAUAUGGUACAAACCAGAAUUAACUUGCGAAUACCAUGCUGGUAAUCUGGGGCACGGAAUUGAAACCUGUUACGCCUUUAAAAGGAGGUUGUUAGAGCUUAUCAAGAGGGGGUGGGUAUCUUUCGAAGACAUGCCCAACAUCAAUUCAAAUCCAUUGCCUAAUCAUGCCACAAUUAAUAGUGGAGUGGGCAUGAUAGAAGUUAGGAAUCAAGGCAAGGCGUUGAAGGUGUCCAUGAAGAAGUUGUACGACAUGUUGGUGCAAUCAAGAUUUUUAGAAAUAAAGGUUGAAAGCCAUUUGGAGGGAUGUGACUAUUGUGAGUUUCAUGGUAGAGAGGGACAUCAUAUUGAGGAGUGCAUCGAGUUUCGCAAGAGGAUUGCAAAAAUGAUGAUAAGGGGAGAGUUGAGGAUCGAACCCCUAGAAGGCAGUCGUGAGGUGAGUAUGAUGGAAGGUCAAGAUAAGACAUCAGGAGUAUGUAGGGUCCAACCAACAGUUAAUGGGCCUCCAAAGUUAAUCUUGGCUAAACCUUCCUACACAAAAGGAAAUCACAAUGCCAUGCCUUAUAAUUAUGGUUAUGCCUCCAACAUUCAAGCCCCUUUUCCUUUGUUCCAAAAUGAGAUCAGUGGGUUAACUCGGAGUGGUCGGUGCUUCACGCCCGAGGAGUUGAAGAAAGCAAAAGGCAAAGAAGUGGUAGAUCUUGACAAAGCACUAGAAGUUAAUAAGCCAGUAACUAAAGAGGAGUCAAAUGAAUUUUUGAAGUUGAUAAAGCAUAGCAAAUAUUGCAUAGUAGAUCAACUAAAAAAGACUCUAGCAAGGAUUUCCCUUAUGUCCUUGAUACUCAGCUCUGAGUCGCAUCGAAAUGCUUUGCAAAAGGUAUUGAAUGAGGCAUAUGUGCCCCAAGACAUUGAACAGAAAACCAUGGAGCAUCUGGUGGGGAGAAUCCAUGCAACUAAUUACCUGUACUUCACAGCUGAUGAGCUUGAUGUUGAAGGUACCGGCCAUAACAAGCCCUUAUACAUUACUGUUAGGUGCAAGGAUUGCCUUAUAGGAAAGGUGCUCGUCGAUAAUGGCUCAGCUCUUAACGUGUUGCCAAAGCACAUGCUGGAAGAAAUGCCAAUUGAUGAAUCUCAUAUGAAGCCGAGUACUAUGAUGGCCAGAGCAUAUGACGGCUCACCUAGGCCAAUAAUUGGGACUUUAGAAGUGGAGCUAUAUGUGGGGCCCCAAAUGUUCUUGGUGACCUUUCAAACAGUAUCCAUGAUGAAGAAUGUGGCCAUACCUUUCAUCGAGGCAGAGGAUCGCAAGGAUAACAAUAUCCACGCUUUUGAGAUUGUGAACACUGACUGGGUACCAGAGAACACAAUACUAAGAAGGCCAAGGAUCUCAGAAGCAGCAAGGAUGGAAGCUCAAUGCUUCUUGGAACGCGGGAUCCCAUUUCAGUAUAACCCUAUCACUGGGGUAUAA